AUGCCCAAGUCAGAGGAUUUCUCACAGAAUGAUACUGAUGACCCUCUUGGAUCCUCCGGCUCAAACGUCUUUCUUAAUUUUGGCAGUGGCAACUCUAACGCGCUUUUUGGCAACGACCGCUUGUUUUUUAACCCGUAUACUCCGCCGACCAGUAACCCACCAUUUUCAUCUAUCGGGCCUAACGCAGCGACCAUUGAUAGAGAAGUUGGUUACUCUACGAGUGCGGAGGAACUGCUACAAACAAGCGCAACCUCAUCCGUGAAGAUAGAGCCCCAGCCCAACGGGCUACUAGAGCAAGACAACGCAGGUCUAACAGAAGUCAAUGAAGCCAUAUUCGACCCCAAGAACGUUUGGCGUCUCCAUGACCCGGAAAAUACUUUGGAAAUUCCUGAUGCCCUCCGGUCGGAAGGAUACGCCAACUGGAUCUCUCGGAGUUUUUGA